UAAGCUUUGAAAUGUGGUUUGGUCCCUACUAUGGAUUAGUAACACCAAGACGCGACCACAGUUGAGCUUUGAAAUGUGGUUUGGUCCUAGAGUGGAUCAGUAACACCAAUUUCUCAUCACGUUAGUGAAUGAACACCCGCUUAAUGAAACUUGUUUGAGAGAGUGAAGGAUCGGAGAGGACGAUGGCCACAGUGAAGCUGUUCUCCAUCUCGCUUCAAUGGAUUCUGGCUUUGUUUGGAACCCUGGCUGUCAUUCAGGUUCAUAUAUGGUGAUAGCAACAAGGUUGUCAGCAAUCUGUGGCCAUCCAGUAAACAAUAUACACACAUCUCCAAGGUGCUUGAGAUCAAGAUUUCUUGUUGUUGCUUGCCUUCACAAGAGUGCAUUUACUUCAACUUGAAGAUUCUAUACCCAGCUUUGUUUCUUUAUUUAGCCACACCUUCAGUGAACAGUUCCAGCUGAGAUGGUCACUCAGUGUCCCUCUGAAUAUGGAGGCAUGGGAUCAAACCCACAUAAGUGCAGGCUCUCCAUGGUAAGAUUGUUCUUCCUCUUAAAAUAAGGGAAAGAAUCAGUGAAGCUCAUCUUGACCCCAGCAGCAGSAGAGAGAUAUGCAACAGCGAAAAUCCACGUUGGGACGGCCAUCAGGCACUGAUGGCUCAGACUUCUCCUACCGCAUGGUGGUUGAUCCUAGGUAUAAAAAGGUUGCUGAGGGGAAGUCUCGACUAUAUACAUUUAUUGUUAUUCAGGCCGCCAUUCAGGUUAUAGGGUUGCUCUUUCUUCUGUUGUCAUCAUUCAAUUCAAAGGGCCCCAAUCAGCUUGCUGUUUCUUCUGUCAUCAUUGGUUUCCUUUCUCUAUUAGUCGGAGAAUUGGGUCGGAGGCGCAGCCAAACAAGUCUACUGAGACUCUACAUGUUUGCAUUGUCUGUUGCAACACUGAUUUCGGUUGCAUACACUGUUGGAAGUGGCAUCUCAUUAGAGGUUAUCCUAAAUACAAGUGUCUGGGCAACAAAAAAAUUUGAACUUGUUGAGGCUGGCCAUGCCAUUAUUGGUGUGCUGGUAAAUGGCCUUGCACUUGGCACAACUGUUGCACUCGUUGGCAACAUGUCUCCUCCAAAGAGAGCUUCUUGAUCUCUGGUUUUAGUUUCUUUAUUUGUUUUAUGUACUGCAAACUUGCAAUUUUGACAAUUGUAUUACUUCAUAGAGUAGACAUUUUACUAAUGAAGAUGUGGUAAAUUAACGUGA